AUGACGGACGCUGGGUUCUUCAAAGGCACAAGCACGGACCAAGAUUCCAGAUUUGCGGACAAAAAGAAGAAGCUGAUGAAGAGCAUGAAGUUUGGUGAUAAUCUAAACCAGAAAGUUGAUACUCAAAGGGUUAAUGUCGAAUGUAUCAAACCGUGGAUCGUUAAGCGUAUUACCGAACUGCUCUCCUAUGAUGAUGACAUCGUCUGCGAUUUCGUAGUGAAUUUGCUAUCGGAACAGUUCCCUGACCCUAAGGAUAUCCAAAUCAACUUAACUGCCUUUCUUGGGAGCAAGAGUGCCCGAAUCUUCGUGACAGAGCUUUGGGAUCUCCUGCUCUCCGCUAUGAAUACUCCGGGUGGCGUUCCUGCUAUCUUCCUCGAAGCUAAGAAGGCGGAACUUCUAAGCAGCAGGACGGACGAGGAGAAGUUCCGGAAUGAGAUCUCGCGUUCCAGUGGUGGCGCACCCACCUCUACGGGAUCUCGACCAGCCAUCGAAGUAAAGAAAGAGGGCGAUGGAUCCGCCACCAAGCAUCGGUCGCCUCUCAGGUUGGAGGAAGAGGGUCGGCGAUCGGGUCGUAGGGAACGACGGCGUUAUAGUAUGUCAGACUACCAUGCAUCCUCGUUACUAUUGCCGUCUGCUAACACACUUGCUCUUGCUCCUCCUAUCGAGAGCGUAGCCCAUCCCCUGGAGCUCGUCGACGCAGACGACGGAGAGACAGACGGGAUGACGACGGGUCCAGGAGAAGGCGACAUUACCGGAGCCACUCGCGAUCGUCGUCAGCGCGCCGCGACUACCACCGUCGUCACCACAGUCCACGCGGUCGUCGUUACGACGAGGAUGGUGCUGAUGGCUUCCGGGAGCGUUCGCAUGACGAGCACGAUCGCCGGCGUCGCGAGAGGCACAGCGGUGAUGUCGGUCGGCAGUCGGAUGAAGGGUUUGUUUGCAGUCCUUUUCCCACCAGACGACUUCUAG